GGACAUGAAAGUCAGAAAGUGCCUCCUAUCUUUCUCUGUCAUCCCCAUGUGAUAUGAUGAGGCUACACAGAAAACUGUGUCUGUGCCAUCUUUCUUUAUUUCUUUCUUACACACUUCACCACCUUCUUCUCUCUCUCUCUACACAACUUGAGAAGAGAAGACAUGCCAUCAUUAUCUAAAUCUUGUUGGUUCUUCACAACUCUUCUAUUCUUAGAUGCUGCUUUUGCUGGUGACCCUUUUGUUUACUAUGAUUGGACUGUUUCCUACAUCACAUCCUCCCCACUUGGUGUCAAACAGCAGGUAAUUGGGAUCAAUAAGCAAUUUCCAGGACCAAUUCUAAAUGUCACAACAAACUGGAAUGUGGUUGUCAAUGUGAAGAAUGAUCUUGAUGAACCCUUACUUCUGACAUGGAAUGGUGUACAACACAGGAGAAACUCUUGGCAAGACGGAGUUUCAGGAACCAAUUGUCCAAUUCCAGCUGGCUGGAAUUGGACAUACGAGUUUCAAGUUAAAGAUCAGAUAGGGAGUUUUUUCUACUUCCCUUCCCUAAACUUCCAGAGAGCUUCCGGAGGUUAUGGAGGAAUUAUCAUAAACAAUCGUCCGGUUAUUCCCGUUCCCUUCGGUUUGCCAGAUGGAGAUAUUACGAUAUUUCUCAGUGACUGGUACACAAAGAGUCAUAAGGAUCUCAGGAAGGAUGUGGAAAAAGGCGUUAACCUUGGAAUCCCAGACGGCGUGCUUAUCAAUGGACUAGGUCCUUAUCAUUAUGAUGAUACACUUGUCCAAAAUGGAAUUUCUUACCAAAUAAUAAAUGUCGAACCUGGGAAAACAUAUCGCAUACGAGUUCACAAUGUCGGUAUCUCAACAAGCUUGAAUUUUAGGAUACAAAAUCACAACAUGCUUCUCGUGGAGACCGAAGGAUCAUACACAAUCCAACAAAAUUACACAAACAUGGAUAUUCAUGUUGGCCAGUCAUAUUCAUUCUUGGUUACAAUGGAUCAAAAUGCCAGCAGUGAUUACUAUAUUGUUGCGAGUCCUCGGUUUGUUAACUCAUCGUGGGCUAAAGCCACCGGAGUUUCCAUUUUGCACUACUCCAAUUCUCAAGGUCCUGCUUCAGGUCCUCUUCCCAGUCUUUCAGAGCAAGAUGAUCCUUCUUUCUCUAUAAAUCAAGCAAGAUCUAUAAGGUGGAAUGUGUCUGCUGGUGCUGCACGUCCGAAUCCACAAGGUUCCUUCAGAUAUGGCGACAUUACAGUCACAGAUGUAUAUGUUAUUGUUAACAGACCUCCAGAGCUAAUAAAUGGAAAGUGGCGUACUACACUAAACGGUAUAUCAUAUUUACCACCUUCAACACCUCUGACACUUGCGCAACAGUUCAAAAUUCUCGGAGUGUACAAGGUUGACUUUCCAAAUAGAUUGAUGAACAGGCCUUCUAAAGUUGAUGUGUCUCUCAUUAAUGGCACUCACAAAGGUUUUAUGGAAAUAAUCUUUCAAAACAAUGACACCACAGUCCAAACCUACCAUUUGGAUGGCUAUGCAUUCUUUGUUGUGGGCAUGGAUUUUGGAGUAUGGACUGAAAAUAGCAGAAGUACUUAUAAUAAGUGGGACGGUGUGGCUCGCUGCACUACACAGGUCUUUCCUGGUGCUUGGACAGCCAUUUUAGUAUCUCUUGACAACGCCGGCACUUGGAACCUUCGUGCACAAAAUCUCGAUUCUUGGUAUCUGGGCCAAGAAGUUUAUAUGCAAGUUGUAAACCCAGAGAAUGAUAAUAAUGAGAAUGCUUUGCCUGAAAAUGCAAUAUACUGUGGCCUACUUUCCUCCCUUCAAAGGGGCCAAUCUCACAAAUUUCAGUUCUCUCUAGGAUCACCUUUAAGCAUUAACUCUAGAAUUAUAUUCAUGUUAUUUUUCGUAGCUCUACUUGAUAGUUUGUAUGGCAUGUGGAGUGUUGAACACUAAUUAAUGUUGUUAUCUGAAACAAAGAACAAGGUCAUUCUUUGUAAUAUGAGGCUACCUAUUUUAAUCUUUAGAUGGACAUUGCUAUUGAAUAGGAAAUUUUGUGUCUAUAACAUGUACAAACUUUAUUUAGCGAUAUUAUGAUAACUAUAAUAAACUAGAACCGAACUCUGUUUUAAA